AUGUGGAUACCGGGCUUUAUCUCGAUCGGCUCUCGUCGUUACAUGGAGUGGCAGAACCUAGCGUUGGAAGCGACAACAGACACCCGAUCUAAAGAAAUGGAGGCCAAGUGUCCCCUGGUACCUGCGGUGGAGCGGAUCGAGUACGAAACUCCAUGCAUGAUACUCCCAAGACCGAAGACGACGGUGAUUCAGCGUCGGAAGGUCGAGCCAAGAUCAAGGGACAUCGCCGCCGAAAUGCGGCGGAUCGGAUCUGCCAUCAAUGAUGAGUGUACAAACUGGGACAGGACAGAUCAAUGCACAUCGGAUCUGGAUCUUACCUGGGACUCAGAUCAAAAUUAUGAUGAAUGCGUGUAUUAUCAUGAAGGAAGCGAUCUAUAUGCCGAAGAUGUCGAUGGUCAGAUGGCGGUGCUGCCCGAAGUACCUGUGACGACGGAAGAUGUGAAGAUCGAAGACAUUCAACUAUGCGGAUCCGCCGAUCAAACUCCAGAGGAAGUCGAGCGACUCCGCAAGAAGAUUUGGAAGUUCCGACAUCUCUUGAUCGGGAAAGGAAAUGCCCUUCCGCCGGCAGCUAGAGGUGUGGUGUGUGAUAUGGAUGUCGGGGGAGCGAGACCCAUCGCCCUUAAAUGCCGUAAGUUGCGGAUCCAGUUCAGGGAGAAGCUAGCAGAUCUGAUCAAGGGUCUAUUGUCCGCCAAGAUGAUUUACUAUUCCAGAUCACCAUGGGCUUCCUCCAUCGUGGUGAUCAUUAAGAAGAAUGGGGUGGCCAUCAGGCUAUGUAUCGAUUACCGCCUGCCACAACUGAUGGUAUAUCCAAUGCCCUUGAUCAACGAUCUACUCGAAGAUCUGGAGUCGACACUUUGGUACUGUUCUCUGGAUAUGGCAAGUGGAUUUUGGGUAGUGAAAAUGACAGAUCGUGCUCGUUUGAUAUCGGCUUUUAUCACUCCUUUUGGACUAUUUGAGUGGAAUCGAAUGCCUUUUGGCCUGCAGAAUGCGCCCCAGAUCUAUCAACGUAUGAUCGAUAAUGCGUUAUAUGGAUUCACUCGGAUCCCGAAAUCUGAAGAUCACGUGACGCGAGGCGGGUGA